AUGGCUUUGGAGGGCACGAAUCAGUCUGCACGGGAGGGCACGGAUGUGCGCAUCGUUCCCCCGUUGGCGCAAUUCAAUGAUAUCGUCGAAUUGCUUCAUAUUCUGGAUCAAUACAGUCCAGAGAAACCCGAUAGCGCGGAGAUUGAGCAGGGUGUCACUUAUCUGUUGGAAGUAUGCCUCUACAUUGCCGACAAGGUGUCGCGUCUCGAGUUGUGUAAGGAAUCGAAGACCAAGGCCGACAAGAACCGUCAGGAAGCAGAAGUGAUACACCUGAAAUAUACGCACGCUCAACGACAGGGAAAGGCUCAGCAGCGCCGCAAAAAGAGAAUUCGUAUGGAACGCGAGAGAAUCUUAGCCGCGGACAAUUCCAACAAGCAAAAACCUCCGGAGCUGAAGGAAAAAAAGUACCGCUAG